AUGGUUAUGCUCACCACUUCCGACAACGAGACGUACGACGUCGAGAAGGAUGUCGCCGUCAGGAGUGUCCUGAUCGCCAACAUGAUGGAGGAUAUCGGUGAUGUCAACGCCCCCAUCCCUCUUCCCAAUGUUACCAGCAACGUCCUCAAAAAGGUCCUCGAAUACUGCGACUACCACAAAUCCGACCCCCUUCCUGUCGCCUCGGAUCCUUCUGCUGACGUGGCCGAGGAAGCCAGGAGGAGGACCAGCGAGGUCGGAGAGUGGGACGCCAAGUUCAUUCAGGUCGAUCAGGAGAUGCUUUUCGAGAUCAUCUUGGCUGCGAAUUAUCUGGAUAUCAAGCCUUUGCUCGACCUGGGAUGCAGGACGGUAGCUACGAUGAUCAAGGGGAAAUCGCCGGAAGAGAUCCGAAAGCUGUUCCACAUCAAGAACGAUUUCACCCCCGAAGAGGAGGCUCAGAUCAGGAGGGAGAACGAGUGGGCCGAAGAGUGA